AGACAGAAAGGUCCUUACCGGCUCAUUUGUUGUGGCAGCAGCACCUUCCCCUGUCCUUCAGCGGCAAAAUGUACUACAAGUUUAGCGGUAUUACUCAAAAAUUGACGGGCUCUGCUCCGACAACUGCCUACAGCCCUCAGGGUCUGAAGCAAAGUUUGCCUGCAGAGUCCCCAACCAUGAUCUUUGCUACACCCACGAAGGUGGUUGCAGAAGCAGGGGCCAUGGUGGAGUACAUGGGAACAAACAGGGUUCCUGACUUCCAGAGGUUAUUCCAGACAUCAGACGGCGUUCCCAUUCAUUUAAAGCGCGGAGUUCCCGACAGGCUACUGUACCGCACCACCAUGGCUCUCACAGUUGGAGGCGUCGUCUAUUGUCUGGUGGCUCUUUACAUCGCUGCCCAGCCCAACAAAAAGUGACCAACACAAACCAGGAUCUUCCUCUGGCUUGCUGCUGCUGCUGCUGCUGCAUUAAACGAAGCAUUCACAGUCUCAGUCUACUCACCGCCUCUCAGGACUCUUUGAGUGGGAAUUUAUCACUUAUCACAGUGGUUCUCAAACUGGGUGAAGCUCUUAGUACCUGGAGAAAAAAACCAUUUAACUUUGUGAAAUUAAGUGGAACGAAGAUAAUUUAGGUAGUGAAAAAUAAACCAGGGUUUACUCAUGUUAUCAUGCUAACUCUUAUUUCCAGAUUCACCAUAAUUAAAUUCAGAAUCCCAUCAGUCCCCUCCUCUGUUUUUACUGGUUUUGCCUUAAAGAUUAUGGAGAGUGAACGUAUUUAUUUUUCCCAGGUAUAGUUUGAGAGCCGCUACACUUUCAGGACAUCAAACCAAUGAUAACAAUUUAAUGUUUGUCUUCUGUAAAAAAAAUGUCUAAGUUAAUAAAUUUUAAUGGUAAAAAUGCA